GAGAGUAUUUUUGGCGCUGGGCGGUGAUCUUCACUAACAGCACAGUGAUUGCGAGCUAAAGGGCUUGUGUUCACGUCGCUGGAAAGUCCUGCUUCCUGUCCAAUAGAAACACCGCAAGAGCAUCGCACGGCUUGUUUAUAAAGCGCUGUGUGGUGACAGCGGGAGUAAUGUAGCAGCGAGGGAGGCGGUUUGAACGCGGUGGCGGCGGACAGAAACCGGCGCGGUGGUGUAAAUGGGAAAUCUGAUGGGCGCUCUGAGGUACAAGGAGCCGAGCACCGUGGAGGAAUGCGACUCGACAUGGGGGACGGACUCGGAGAGCGACGAGCAGGACAGCGGGGUGUCCGAGUCCACCGGUACUUCAGACUCAGGGCACUGUGGAGACGAUCAAGACGGCUUUCCUCAGUUUAAUCACACGGCUGAGUCAUCCACUAAGAUGAAAAGAAGCUUUUAUGCUGCCAAGGACCUGUACAAGUACCGCCAUAGUUAUCCGAAUUACAAGGAGCCUCGGCUGAGAAACGAGUACCGCAAUCUGAGAUUCUAUCUGAAUAAGAUUCCUCUGAUUCCAGAUGGAAUCUAUGUUGAAGAGAUCCUCACCAAAUGGAAGGGUGACUAUGACAAGCUUGAGCACAAUCACACAUAUAUACAAUGGCUUUUCCCACUCAGGGAACAAGGCCUCAAUUUCUAUGCCCAUGAACUCACUCAGGAUGAGAUUAAGGAAUUCCAGAACACUCAAGAAGCCAAGCAGCGCUUCGUGCUGGCGUACGCCAUCAUGUUGGACUUCUUUGGGAUCAAGCUCCUAGAUAAGAAUGGAAACGUAGCACGUGCUGCAAACUGGAAAGAUCGUUUCCAACACCUGAAUGAGUCUCAGCACAACUAUCUGCGGAUCACGCGCAUUCUGAAGAGCCUGGGCGAGCUGGGCUUUGAGAACUACAAGCUGCCUCUGGUGCACCUGCUUCUGGAGGAGGCUCUGGUGCAGGGAACGCUGGCUAACAUGCGGCACAGUGCGCUCGAGUACUUUGUCUACACACUGCGAAAGCACAGCCAGAGACGUGCACUGCUGCGCUUCGCCCAGCGCCACUACCAACCUCCGGAGAAUUUCAUCUGGGGGCCUCCAAAGAGGAGAGGCUCCCCUGGGUCAAGACCGAACAGAAUCGUGUCCCCACUGGACAGGAGUGUAAGAAUAACUAGAGCUCUAAAGCAGGGGAGUCCAAACAGGCCCGACGAAGAAAGAGAAGGGGUGGACGGGAGGGAAGUAGGAGAGUGGAAAACAACAAAGUUAUCUAGGAGAAAUCAGCAGGGUAGGGGGGACAUAGAGGAAUACAUUGAAACUGUACCUCUUUGAGAAUUUUGGAAUGGGGGAUUGAGAAAACGAGCCUGAUAAUAGGACCGACAGGGUUGGGGAUUAGUAGCGGGUGUGGCUCAAAGCAAUAUUAUUCCCUGUCUUGGCCUUCAGUGAAUAGCAAUGAGAGAUUUGUUACUCUUUGGCUUUUUUGUAAAUCCGUAACUAAAUACCAAUUUUCAUUUUGUUAAUUUCACUUAGAGGCUUAGAAUAUCAGCUGAUGAUUUUCUACUGUAUUGCUAAUCCUGCCUCAAUCUGUUACACUUCUUGAACACACAAAGUGUAGGUGUGAAUUAUUACCUAACUUGAUUGUGUGUGUGUGUGUUGCAACUUUGCCUAUCAAGUCUUCCUCUGUGACAUAUUGUGGAGUUUAGAUGGACUCCAGGCUUCAACUGAGCCUUUUGAGCCUUAGCCUUAGAGCUGAGUGAAGUUUAUUUGUAUAGAAACAUAAGAACUAGGGCUGUCAAAGUUAACAUGGCUAGAAUUCGGUAGUACAAUACAUUUGAUAAAAUCAUCCUAUUUUGUAUUUAAAAAAUUUUAAAAAAAAAGCUUUUAAUGCAUUUUCCUGGUGCCAUCCUUUGCCUUGUUAGAUUUGAAUACUGAUGUACACAAUUUUUUAAAAUAUAAAUUGAAACAGUGUCUCUACAUACCAGUAUGUUUUGGUUCCAGCCAGUUGUUGAAAUAUUCUUAGUCUAGUUGCUGAACUAGAAAAGCAUGAUGUUGAAAUGUGGAAAUUAUUUAUGGAAGUAAUUGCAACCAGCUACAAAAAUGAGACUAAUUGUGAUUAUUUUAUUAAUUUGACAGCCCUAUUAUGAACAUAUCACUUUAAUGAGUAGCAUAUUUAAAAUAUCACUAUUUGUUAGCACUAUUUUGUGUGUGUGUGAGAUCCAGAGUUUGUGCAGUGUCUUAUAUCAAGUGCCUCAAAUUUUUAGUCUAUGUGUGGCUGAGUUAACCCACAUCAGUAAGGACAAUCAGAAAUGAGGUCACUGGCCUCUGAGAGAGAAGGAAUUGUGCUUUGAUAUGUGAAAUGUUGAAUAUACGAAUUCUCUUAUUUAACUACACAUAUACAAAAGCUGUGCUGUGCUCCAGUGUAUACUCACUAGAUUAUGGGCUAAAAUGAAAGUAUGUGCAUGUGUGUAUGUUUGAAUUUCUGCCUGCACUUUCUAUUACUAUGUUUCUAUGAAAGCACACAUAGGAGUAAGGAAGGAUUACAGCUUGUAUACUCUUCUCUUUCUCAAUCUCUUCUCUCUUUGUGUGUGUAUGCAUGUCUUGUUGGUACAUAUUUCCUACUGCAUCCUCUCACACAGGUAGUGGGGAGAACAUAGCCAUCUGUUUCCUGGACUCCCUCUGCAGCAACUCAAAUUCAAAAGGACUGUAGCAUGAGCAGUGCAAACACUUCUCAGUGCAACACUAGGAUUCUUAUUUUUUUUUAUGUUUUCUGUAAGUUACUUAUGUGGAUUGAGUGCUGACUGAUCUCUGUUUAUGUGAGGCACUAUACAUGUGUUUUAUAAUGUUUUGUACAAGAUCAUGUGAGAUUAUGGAGGGCUCUUCUUGUGACUUAUUGUAUUAAAGUUGCAGCUAUUUCUGGAAAAUUA